AUGGAUGGUUCAAACACACCUUCCACUUCUACACAGGACAUAUUCAAAACAGAUUAUGGUUAUCAUUCUGAACGUCAUCAAUACAAUCCUCAUGUUCCUUUGAAACCCUUCAUGGCAAUGAGGCAAUCAGAAAUGCUGAGCAGCAACAGUCAACAUCACACGGGGGAUGAUGAUUGCCUAGAUCAAUAUUCGAAUAAUGAACUAACUGCUAGAUAUAUAGCGAAAGUUGCCAAUACGUUCGGCCGACCAACAUCUAGGACAUCGUAUGCAAAUCAGAAAGGAGGCAAUUUAUCUACACAUGGAGCAAUAUAUGAACGAUUGAGACGAAUUGAAGUGAAUUGUGAUUUGGGAGAAAUGGUUUGUGGUGUGGAUAUGUGUGGUCGAGUGUUCGAAAGUAUACCAGAUUUGUCUGUGAAGAGCAAUGGCUUAUCAACCUGUUUAGUUUGCGGAUUACAAUUACGUUCAGCCAAGGGUCGUAAUGCUCAUCUAAUGAGUAAACAUAGGAAUCUAGCUGCUGAACAUAACUCUCAAUGUUUGGAGCAACGGGAUACGAUAAUCUCACCUUUGGCACCUGCUGCUCAAAGAUUACAUUUGUUGGGAAGUCGCAUAGAAGUAUCAGAAGAUGGAUUCCUUUCCUAUUCAGACGAAGAUGUGUUAUCAUCUGGACCAGUAAUGAGAACAUCAGAUCACCACAUGUCUCUUCACUCUUGA